CCGCAAGAACCGCAAACUGCGGUGAAGCCCAAACCUCGCAUUACUGUAGCUAGAAGAACUCCAGCAACAAUUCAACAGCGAUUCGUUUCCACUUCAGAAACACAAGCGGUUGUUAGUGAGUUGAUGGAAACAGUUGGGAAAACACAAGGCCGAGUGUUACUCAAGAAGGAAACGCAACCUGUCACAGUUUACCUCAAUGAGAAUUCGCCACCAGAAGAUGUGCUGACAUGGCUGCAGGAGAAGGGCUUCAGUAUGAGGGUGAUUGAAUUGCUCGAAGGACAGGAUGGUGCAAAUUUGUUUGCAUUGAAUAAGAGCAGUCUGAUGCAAGCAUGCGGAAGGGAAGAAGGAAGUCGCCUGUACAGUCAGCUGCUUGUUCAAAAGAAAAACAGCAAUUACCAAACAUAUACAAAUGCGGAGCUCAAAGCGAUACUCAAUUAUCGUCGAAAGCAUGUCGAAGUGACCAAUGAAGCACCGGAUGAGGAGCCGAAUGUCGUUCCCGUGUAA